UGAUGUUAUAAUGAACAAAAUUGAUUGUUGUUAACAAUGAAUGAGAGAUUUGUUGUUAAUUGUUGAUGACAAUGAAUAUUUACAAUAGUAAACUAUCAUUAUCGUCAUCAGUUGAUUAUCAAGUGAAAACUUUUUCACAAUUUAAAUUAAAUCCUUGUGGAUGUUGAUUUUCAGAUAUUGAAAGGUAGCAACAACAAUUUAAUUACAAUUAAAUGGUUGAUCGCCAAUAAAUCUUGUCUAAUUGUUAAUCAGAUAAUGAUAAAGAUCAACGUUUCCAACACUUAAUCAUUAAUUUUUACUAGUCAAAGUUUCUAGUUGAUCAUCAGUCUAAUUAAUAAAUUGUUUCUUAUUCAGUUAAUUAGCUACGUAAAUAUCCAAUUAGAUACAACAGUUAAUUGUAAUUAUGAAGUUUAUUUUAAUUUCUAUUGUGUUGUUACAAUUUAAUUUUCAUUUUGGCCUAACGAUUCCCGAUGCCUUUGAUUUUGGUUUACUUGGACCCGAAGCUGCAAAUGUAUUCAGUGAAUCUUGUAAAAAAGGAUUAGCGAUAAAUAAACAGGCUCGUAAUACAAUCAUGUCACAAUGUAUCUAUCCAACAAUUAGAGAGUCAACAAUUAACUUUCCUGGCGAUUUCAUUGGAACUCUGGAAAGAAUUGAAUAUGAUUGUUGGAAUCGUCGGGACGAUUUUUGCCUUCGAACUGAGAGAAUUCGAGCUAAUCACUGUGCGAUUCCAAUAUUUACUUCCAAAGGAAUUAGAUAUCAUCUUUUUUGGCAAUCGAAUAGAAUUCAAAUUCGAUCGGCUUUUAAUGAGAAAAAAGAAUGUAUCAUUGAGGCAAUAGAAGAAGCGAAUGAAUGAACAAUUAAAAGAACAAUUAACCAAA